AUGGCUGGUGCAUCCGCGACGGAUGUCGCACCCAAGGUUUUCUCAGGUGAGACUGAAGAUGCUCGGGAAUAUAAGCGGUGGAAAACCUGGGUAUCCAACAAGUUGCUGACCCUGGACACCAAAGUGCCGGAAGCAGCAAGGGGCGCGUAUGUGUACACCUUGCUAUCUGGUAAGGCCCUCGAGAGCAUUGAACAUCUGGAACCGGAGGAGUAUCAGAAGAAGGGUGGCGAGCAGGUGAUUUUUCGGAUUUUAGAUGCCCGCUUCCCGCAGAAGGAUGUCUCCGAUGAGAUGUCAGAGACUCUCACCGCCGUGUUCGGCCUCAAAGCUCAGGAAGGAGAGUCUCUCAAGGUCUGGAUUGCACGUGCUGGCGAACUUUUCGACAGUUGCCAUCGGAAGUGCAAGGUGACUUUUCCUGAGGAAGCACGCGGUUGGCUGAUUCUCAACCGGUCUAGUCUCAAUGAGGAGCAGAAGGCAGUUGUCCUGGCCCGCAGCAAUGGCUCUCUGAAACGCGAGGAUGUCGGAAAAGCCAUGCGGUCCUGCUAUCCUGACUAUGUCGUUGCCAAGCGACGCAGUGUCGGCGCCGGUCUUGUUGAGUCUGGUGAUCUGCCUGAUGAUGCACUAGCCGAUGAGUCGGAUCCACUUGUCGAGGAAAUGGAGGCCUUCUUGGCCGAGUUCGAACCAGCAUCCAGGGAAGAGCCCGAUGAGAUCUUCGAUGAGAACGAGGUUGCGGAAGCUCUGGCCGUGUCGUGGAAAGACAAGAGGAAAGAAUUGAACAAGCUGCAACGCUCGCGUCGGUUUGGUGCAGCCCAAGAUCUCAAACGGAGUUAUCGGGAGACCUUUGUAGCUGCAGUCGAGUGGUCGAGCUCCGGAGUGUAUGACCCUGAUGAGACGCUUCUGGAACAAGUGCGUCGCCUGCGCCAAGGGAAGCUCGUGAAUCACUUCAAGUUCGGGAAUGGACAACGGGAAUCCACUGACACUUCGGUAAAACUGCCGGUCAUUAUUGCUGGGCGUACCGGUAUCAUCAAGGCGGCCAUCGUCAAGGGAGCUGCCCCUCUGUUGAUUUCCAGGAGUGCCCUGCAGACCCUGCAAGCAGUCGUGAAUUUCGGCACAAACGAGAUGUCUCUGUUUGAGGAUCAGCUGGUUGUCCCCAUGACUACUAAUGCUGCCGGACAGUAUGUCAUCAAUGUGCUGGAUCACCAACCGGAGAAACAGUCUGUAUCAUUUGCCGAGGUGAUGAUGUCAGUCAAAGAUGACCCUGAGGUGGAGUCCACUGCUGAGCUUGGCGCAGCUGCGCCUCCAGCAGAAGCCAUCGCUGUGUCUUCUGAUGCUCAGAUCCCGCAGGAAAUGGUCUCAGAAGUUCCAGGAGAGCCCUGUGAGCUGCAAGUGUGGUUCCCAGCACUGGUAAACAAGGUCCCCUGUGGCAGACCGUUAGGCGCCGCCGAGUGUUAG